UUAACCCUAGGAAAAAUGUAGCUUAAUUCAAUUAAAUAAAAAUGUACUUAAACACUCGUUUUGUUAUAAUUCUCUUCUAUUUGAUUUUGAUCAACUUAUUCGUAUUUUUUAUAAGGUAUGCAGAUUAUGUGGAUUCACUUUUUUGUUUUAAUUGUGCAGAAAAUGAUUUACUUUAUACCGAAUUUGAUUACGUUAUUGUGGGUUGUGGCUCUGCUGGUGCGUUAGUUGCUCAAAGACUAGCCAAAGAUAAGAAUGUAAAAAUUCUUAUUUUGGAAGCGGGAAAGCAAGGUAGUGCACUGUUAGAUAUACCAUCAAUGGGUCUAUUACUACAAAAUACUCCCUACGAUUGGCAGUAUGUGACUGCCCCACAAACAACGUCUUGUUUUGCAUUAGACAAUAAUGCAAGCCAUUGGCCAAUGGGGAAAAUUGUUGGAGGCACUAGUAUGUUAAAUAAUAUGGUUUACGUUAGAGGACAUCCAGAGGAUUUUAGGCAGUGGUUUAUUAAUAGAAGUAAUUAUGAUUUUAUGACGGACGUUUUGCCAUAUUUUGAAAAAUUAGAAAAUGAUGUGCAUGAUGAUGAUUUAAGUGGUUCGAUGUAUCUUAGCGAUUUGGUUUUCAAAUCAUCUUUGCCGGAUUUAAUAUUAAAAGCUGGAAAAGAGUUAAAUUUCGGAAUUUCAGACGUAACUAAUUGCAAACAAGGUUUUGGAAUGCCAAAAGUUAAUAUGAAACAAGGAAAACGUUGGACGUCCUCUCAUCAUUUAUUGAAAGUAAAAAACAGAAAUGUUUUUCUCCGAACAAAUAGGGUAGCGGAAAAAGUUUUAUUUCGCCAAAACUUUGAGGCUUAUGGCGUUCAAUAUUCGCAUCUAGGCAAAUCAUACAGCGUAAAAGCAUCCAGAGGCAUAAUAUUAUCAGCAGGGGUUAUAGGUACUCCUAAAAUCCUCCUACUCUCCGGAAUAGGCCCCAAAACUCAUCUAGACAAAAUAAAUAUCGCUACCAAAGUUAACUUACCUGUGGGAGACAACUUACAAGACCACAUAACGACAGGACUGGAUCUUAUAUUAUUAAAUCAAACCUUAGGCAUCGGAAUUGAACAAAUGCUUUCGCCUUACUCGGUUUUUGAAUACUUUUGGUACGGUACGGGGCCGUGGACCACGGGUGGAUGUGAGGUUCUAGCAUUCGUUUACACAGACAGUACUGAUGUUAAUCGUGACACACAACCUGAUUUGCAAUUUAUGGUAAUGCCGUUAGGUAUAAACGAAGACACCGGUGUACACCUAAGGCAUUUAAUGGGUAUAAGCGAUUAUACGUGGAAUAAUUACUUCGGUUAUUUAAAUCAGACGAAAGCGAUGACUAUUUUACCGAUAUUAUUGCAUCCGAAGAGUCGCGGUAUUGUUCGUUUGAGAGACGCUAACGUUAACAGCCCGCCGAUUAUCGAUCCGAGAUAUCUAACGGAACAAGCGGACAUCGAAGUUCUGUUAAAAGGCAUAAAUUUAAUAAAGAAGUUGAUAAAUACGAGGUCUAUGCAGAAACUCGGGGCGAAAUUAAACACGAAUAUAUUUCCCGGUUGUGAAAAUUUCAAGUUUGACAGUAAAGCGUACUGGGAAUGUUACGUAAGGCAUUUAACGAUAACUUCCUACCAUCCCGUCGGUACGUGUAAAAUGGGUCACGAACAAGACGUUUCGGCUGUGGUAAACUACGAUUUCCAAGUUAAAGGUACUAAUAAUUUGUACGUCGUUGACGCUUCAGUGAUGCCCACUAUAACAAGCGGAAAUGUGAACGGAGCGGUGAUGAUGUUAGCGGAAAUGGCUAGUGAUAUUAUCAGGUCCAAAGACUUUUUCAGUAGGAAAAAGUGUAGCGUUAUAGAGAUUUUUGUAGCCAACGAUUUUUGUUAAU